ACCAAUCGCAUCGCCCCAUUCCUUCCCUCCCAAAUCUCCUCCGCGAAAUCCGGAGCACCGACCCGAAAGAAACCCCUAGCAUCCGCGACCCCGGAAAUGGCCCGCACGAAGCAGACGGCGCGAAAGUCCACCGGCGGGAAGGCCCCGAGGAAGCAGCUGGCGACGAAGGCCGCCCGGAAGUCGGCCCCGGCGACCGGCGGCGUGAAGAAGCCGCACAGGUUCAGGCCCGGUACGGUGGCGCUGAGGGAGAUCAGGAAGUACCAGAAGAGCACGGAGCUGCUGAUCAGGAAGCUCCCGUUCCAGAGGCUGGUCCGGGAGAUCGCCCAGGACUUCAAGACCGACCUCCGGUUCCAGAGCGGCGCCGUCGCGGCCCUCCAGGAGGCGGCGGAGGCGUACCUGGUCGGCCUCUUCGAGGACACGAACCUUUGCGCCAUCCACGCGAAGAGGGUCACCAUCAUGCCCAAGGACAUUCAGCUCGCCAGGAGGAUCAGGGGCGAGAGGGCUUAGGAGGUGGCGGUGGUGGCGGCGGCGGCGGCGGCUGUGUUGCUGUUCUUUUCGGUUUGUGUCUUAGGGUUUUUAGAUCUGGAUUUGUGGUUCUGGAGAUGAUGGGUCUGGGUCUUGCUCUGUGUGUGAUGAUGGACCCAGUUGUAAAUCGCUCAGUUAGAUGUGAUUCCUGCGUUUAGCAAUGCCAAUUACUGAUUGGUCAGUCUUUCAUGGCUCUCUUGAAUUUUUCUUUUUAUGAGUAGACGAAAGUACUGUUUUUUAGGCCUUGACGUGGGUCGAUUUGCAAAGAUAGACCAGAAAAAGAAAAAAGGCUGUGUUCGUCCAUUUGGAAAUUGUCAAGAGAUGGGCAAGCUGAUCUAAUCUUUGUGUCUGCAGUGAGAAUUUCUGGGUCAUUUGUCUGAUUAGGCACUUUCUUUGUUUUGAUUGACAUGGACGUAUCUGAUUUACUUCCA